CGACUUUCCCUAGAAGACAAUUUUCUAAAAUAAAACUUUGUGAACGAAACCUCAUUGAUGACUGAUCAAUCAUCAUUGAUGCAUUUGGGACAUAGUUAGUUAGCUACUUACAAGUUGGAAACCAACACUUUCCUCGCAGGCGAAAACUGUGAAGCUAAUAUUUGGUGGUGAUGUAACAUUUUCUGGAGUCAUCAAAUAUCACGGUCGCCGAAUGAACUGCACAUAUAACGAAACUUUAUCCCAACUUAAACCAUACCUUUCGGAAGCAGAUCACGUGAUUGUGAAUCUCGAAACUUCUUUUCAUCCUUAUAAAGGUUCAAAGUUGAAAGAAGUCGACCCAGAAAAAGCAAUAACGUUAAUUUCUGAUUUGGACGCAAUGCCAGCUUUAAGUUACGCAGGAAUCGAUGUUGUUACGUUGGCAAAUAAUCAUUUUAUGGACUUCGGAGAAGAGAUUGCCAACCUUACCGUGGAAAAUCUGAAGAAACUUCACAUUUCUUACUUCGGCGUGACGUAUGGUAGGAAGAAGUUCCUGAGACAGACACCUUUGAUCAUAAAGAAAAACGGGGUAAAAAUUGGCUUCCUUGGUUAUUGUGCUAUACUUAGUGGAUGCCUUAGAAAGAAUUACCGAAGUCAAGCAAAUGUGGGACCUGCGGUUUAUAGUAAGACAUUGUUGGUACAAGAGUUAAAGAAUCUAAGAAAGAAGGUGGAUGUUGUAAUUGUAUUUAUGCAUUGGGGAGACGAGUAUGCCAUUGAUAUGAAACAGAAACUUGGUCAAAAGCUGAUCGUUCAAAUGGCGCCAUACGCUGAUAUCAUCAUUGGGUGUCACCCACAUAUAACUCAAGAUCAUUUCUAUCAUAAAGAUGUUCUGGUUGUCCCCAGUCUUGGAAAUCUGCUGUUUCCGACGCAUGGAACUCAAGGGAGUCUUUUAGAUGAUUUAAGGAAGACAGAGGGCAACAUAUCAAAAGCACAAGUAGACGAUGUCUGGUACAAAGAAGUGAAACUCAUGAAACCCCACGAAACGGCAUUUGGAAGAAUUGUUAAGAUAGAAGUCGAUAAGAACGGUCUAAUAAAGAACAAAGCAAAGUAUUUCGCCACUCAAAUUGCUGUAAACGAAAAACAUUGUAUGUACGUGAAAAAGAAAGAUAAUUCAUUGUGGCAGACUAUUUGCGGGGAAGAUGAUGAAAACUGCGGGGGACCAAGUGACUGCAAUAUCCUACAAUGUGGUGAUCAACGAAAAGUCAAACCGAAGAUUGGAAAAAAACCGAAAAGUGUGGACAACUAAUUGAAAGUUUGAUUGAAAAAAAAUCUUUGAAUUACGAAUUAAAAAAAGUGUAAUAUGUGCAUUAAACAUUUGUGGGAAACUUUCGCGAAUGAUCUCUUUAAAAUUCUUUAGCGUGAAUUAACUUUGUGAUAAUACCGCAAGAAUAUUUCUUUUCUCUAAAUAUGUAAUAAUAUUUUUAUUUUUUUUCAUUUCUGCGGGUUUUUUUUUCGUGCCACUAUUUUUCACUCUGCACGCUCCAUCAUCUUGUUUUUAAACAAACAAAAUCUGUCCAACUCGUUGUUUCUAUUUAAAACCACACUUAAGAUUAAAAUCCGUAUAUCAUUAGCCUAGACCAGGACUAUUAUUACGCAGCCGUCGUGUCAGAAUAUCAUAAGCGUAAAACAGCACUGGAGACGAGGUUGAAAAGCCAAGUACCGAGGUUGUAUUUUACUAUUGACUUUCAGUGAAAUUAGGGUCGAUGUUUUAGUACGUACCGGUCGUUAGUCUGUGAAAAAAUCCACGGGGUCGCCCUUUAUAUAUUUCGUGUUUCCGCACUGCCCGCAAGAAAAAUGCAGAAAAAAUAUUUAAAUAUUUUUAUUAUAUGAAUAUUAAAUGUGUGCUAAAUAUUUCUUUUCAAAAGAUACGAGAAAAUUAGAUUACGCGAAACUAAUAAAAACGAAUAACAAUUUUAGCAAUUUUAAAUUUUUUAACACCAUUUUCCACAGAAUGAUAAAACAAUAUUGUCAGAG